GCAUGGCCGCCCAGAAGAGAAAACGUGGAGGACGCAGCUCAGCUGGAAAAAACCAAAAAAAGGCCAAAUUUGUUGCAGACCAAAGUGAAAUACCAGUUGUAGCCGAACAGGGGGUGAAAAAUGAGGUUGCAGUCCCGCCACCAGUUUCACAGGGCAAAUGGACCAACAAGGAGAGGGUUCUAAUCUUCUCCUCAAGAGGAAUUAAUUUCAGAACCAGACACUUGAUGCAGGACCUGAGGACCUUGAUGCCUCACUCUAAAGCGGAUACAAAAAUGGACAGAAAGGACAAGUUGUUUAUCAUAAAUGAGGUGUGUGAAAUCAAAAACUGCAAUAAAUGCCUUUUUUUCGAGGCUAAAAAAAAGCAGGACCUCUACAUGUGGAUCUCCAAUAGCCCUCAUGGACCGAGUGUAAAGUUUUUGGUUCAGAACAUUCAUACUCUGGCAGAACUAAAGAUGACAGGAAACUGUCUGAAAGGAUCCAGACCGCUGCUCUCUUUUGAUCCUAAAUUUGACAAGGAGCCCCACUAUGCAUUGCUGAAAGAGCUCUUUACUCAGACCUUUUCCACACCGCGCUACCAUCCCAAGAGUCAGCCGUUUGUGGAUCACGUCUUCACAUUCACCAUCGCAGACAACAGAAUUUGGUUUCGAAACUACCAGAUAAUUGAGGAAGAUGCUUCACUGGUGGAGAUCGGGCCUCGAUUUGUUCUUAAUCCUAUUAAGAUCUUUCAGGGAAGCUUUGGAGGGCCAACCCUCUAUGAAAACCCCAACUUCAAGUCUCCUAACAUGCACCGACGAGAGCUCCGACUGGCGGCAGCAGCUAAAGUGCGGGAGAAGCAGAUGGUGAAGGAGUUGCAUAAAAUGAAGAGGUCAGAAGCAAAGGAGGAUUUGAACACGGAUGUUACAGCUGACGUGUUUGUCACGCCGGCUGAGGAGAAGCACGUUCACAUCCAGAUGGAAGCACCAGAACCAAAAAUCUACAAUAAGAACAAGCGCAAAGCUUUCAAAAGGCAAAGGAUGCAGAUGGCCCGACGAUAACUGCAUAGACCGGAUCUGGUCGCGUGGAUAACGUAAGGCUGCAAAGAUUUGUUUUUUUUUCUUUUUAAAGAAAAUGUGAUGGUUCAGCACCACCUUUGUCAUCUUUUUUCUUUUUUUUUUGUAGGUAAAAUCACACUUGACAUGUUUUGUGAGGUGUCUGUUGCCAUUACCUGUGGAAUGACAGUUUCAAUUCUCAUGAAAAAGAAUUCUUUUCAUUUUGCAAUACUUCAACUUUAUUUACCCUUCUUGUGAUCCAUGUAAAAACUUCACUUUGGUUACAGUUGUUUUGUAUGUUCAAAAAUAAAAUGAUCCCAAUUUAA